UUUCGGCGAACAUGGCUCCGGUUUACCCCACGCUGCUGCUCUGUGUUUACGGCUUCUUUACAAGCCUGCGGCCAUCGGAACCUUUUCUCACCGCCUUCCUGAUGGGGCCCGAGAAGAACCUGACGGAGACGCAGGUCGUCAAUGAGAUCUAUCCAAUCUGGACGUAUUCCUACCUGCUGCUCCUGCUCCCCAUCUUCCUGGCCACUGACUUUCUCUGCUAUAAGCCGGUCUUGGUGCUGCAGGCCGCCAGCUUAGUGGUCACCUAUGCUAUGCUCUGGAAGGCACGGAGCAUGCUGGCCAUGCAGCUGCUGGAGUUUGUCUUCGGACUGGCCACGGCUUCAGAGGUGGCCUACUAUUCCUACAUCUACAGCGUGGUGGAGCCGGCACACUACCAGAGAGUGACGGGUUACUGCCGCAGCAUGACUCUGUUCGGCUCAGCUGCUGGAUCCCUGGUCGGUCAGCUCCUGCUCUCUGUGGCCAAAGUUCAGCUGGUCCACCUCGUCAUUAUUACGCUGGCGUCAGCCGCUGUGGCCUUUGUGCCCCCCUGGUUCCUCCCCAUGCCCAAGAGGAGCUUGUUCUUCCACAAGAGUCCAGGAGCGGUGAAGGGCAGGCCCCGCUGCAGCAGCAGCUCCACCCGGCUGGAGAAGAUGGAGGAUUCAGAGAGCAGAGUGCCUCUGAACGUGUCCACGCUGUCCAGGUCCUCUGCAGCAGGAGGUGGCGGCAGCGGCCUCGUGGCGGUGCUGCGGAUGCUGUUUGAUGACUUUGUGCAGUGCUACAGAUGUCACACCCUGCUGUCCUGGUCGCUGUGGUGGGCUCUGGCGACCUGUGGCUACUUCCAGAUCAUCAACUAUGCUCAGCCACUCUGGGAGAAGAUUCGUCCCUCCCAGGGGUAUGAAAUCUACAACGGCUACGUGGAGAUGCUGUCCACGCUGCUCGGGGCCCUGGCAGCUCUGCUGGUGGGCUGCCUGCCCGUGUCCUGGGCUCUGUGGGGGGAGCUGGCUCUGUGUGUGCUCUCCUUGCUAAUGGCUGUGUGCGUGUUUGUCAUGGACGCACUGAAAAACAUUUGGGUGUGUUACAGCUCCUACAUCCUCUUCAGAACCACUUACGUGCUUCUCAUCACUGUGGCCACGUAUCAGAUUGCAGCCAGUCUCAACAUGCAGCGGUACGCGUUGGUGUUUGGGGUGAACACCUUUGUGGCCCUGCUGCUGCAGUCUCUGCUCACACUGGUGGUGGUGGACUCCUCUGUCCUGGGCCUCGAUGUCCUCACUCAGUUCCUCGUCUACGGUGCCUACUUUGCUGUCAUCUCUGUGAUCUUCCUCCUCGCCGGGCUUUGUAAACUGGCCUCCAGGAGGCGCUCCGAGCAGAAGCCUCUGCCCGGGAGUCAAGCGCAAUCGGAGACGGCCUCUCCACCAAUCGGUGAUUCAAGCUCCAGCUCGUAGCACGUAAUCAGAAGCUGUUAAUGACAUUGAUUAGAUUGUUUCACAUGAACAGUGAGCUCAGCGGCUCCACAGGUGAAGCUUCAGGAGCCUCUGCAGCAGCACACGUCUCUGUGUUCAUGCUGUCAGUGAGAAGGACUGCCUUUGCUAACAGGUAUUUAAAGUCUUGCUGCUAAGUGUUGGUAAAGAAGGUGAAGACCUCAGGAAUGAGCUGACACAGGCCCAACUCAUGAAGACACUGAAAUAUCCAUACAUGCAUAAACUUCAAUGUAAACCUGAAAGAGAGCUGCCUGACACUUGUAUGAUGGGUUGACCUUUCACCUUAUGUAUUUGAUUAUGCAGCUUUAAAGACAACGGAUAGACUUCACCUGAUCAUUGUGACAAAUGUACACAGAAGCUGUUACCUUAGUCUGGAUGUAGAGACCAUAGGAAUGGUACCUGCUCAGCACCUGUGCUGCUUUCACCAGCCAAAGUGUUCAUGUGUUUAUCUCCUCUUGUAACUGCUGUGCCACUGACCUCUGCUUCUAAACUAAAAGGAGCAUCUGCCUCAAGCUCAGAGCAGUCUUUAAUGAACAGAUCAUCUAGAUCUUAGGAUCAAAAACAGCUCAACUUUGGUCUGUAACAUAAAAUUGUCUUGUCAACGAAUCCUUGGAGUGACAGAUGAGUUUUAUUCCAGCCUGGUACCAUGAUAGGAUGCCACCUGUGCAACAAGUCCACACUAUUAAGUAUUCCACAGUGAGCCAUAAAGACAUGGAUGAACCAGUUUGGUGUGGAAGAACUUGACUGGCCUGCACAGAGUCCUGACCUCAGCCUGAUAGAACACCUUUGGGAUGGAUUAGAGCAGAGACUGUGAGCCAGGCCUUCUCUCCAACAUCAGUGUCUGACCUCACAGAUGUGCUUCUGGAAGAAUGGUCAGAAAUUCCCAUAAACACUCCUAAACCUGUGGAAAGCCUUCCCAGAAGAGUCUGUUAGAUGGCUGUCUGUGGAACAGGGUCAUCUCAGGGUUACCAGUUUUCCAUAAACCUGUACUGUGGAAAAGCUCUGAAACACAUUCCCUGCUUUGGUUCUGGGAUUUGUUGAUGGGGGAAGUCUGUAAUUCCAGCAGGCAGCUUUGUGUAAAGGUGGUGACCAAACUGAAACAAAAUCAGAUUAUAAAGCAUAAAUACGCUCUCCAAAGGCUGCACUGUGACUGAACACAGCGGGCCAAUCAGCUGGCUUCUGUUUUAGUAUUAAAUGUAAAAUCCUCCUGGAUGCGGGGGGGGGGGAUUUACAUGAUCCCUGCUGAGUUUGUACACUUGCUCACAAACAGUCUCAUUUUUAUGGGCACCUCAUUAUAAGGGGAUCAAAUAAUGGGGGUGGCUGUGGCUCAGGAGGGGGAGCAGGUCACCUACUAACUGAAAGGUUGAUGGUUUGAUCCCUGGCUGCUCCAGUCUGUGUGCCAAAGUAUCUUUGGGCAGGAUGUGUGAAUGUUGGAUAGAAAGCACUGAGAGAGCUGGUAUGAAUGGACUGUACUGUAAACCACUGAGUAGCAACAAGAACCAUUUAGCAUGUUAAUGGAGACAGAAUAUCAACCAGAAACAAACACAUCAUGUAAAGUUUAUGAUGUGAUUUGCAUGUAUUUGUGUUGUUACAGCGUUCUGCAGAGGGUCAAUAAAGAGCUGGUGGACCACAGGACCAACUCCCACAGUUUACUGCUGCACUCAACAGCUUCUCCACCAACUCCUCAGUCAUGUUUUCAGGAUCGAAUACUUAUUUCACUCAGUGACCUGCAAAUUAAUUUAUAACUCUCAUAAACUGUGUUUUGUGGAUUUUUGGUUGAUAUUGUGUCUCUAUUAAAAUGAAACGGCCAUAAAAAGGAGAGCGUUUGCUCACUUGCAAAGAACAGACUAAUAAUCUGAGCAGGGAUCAAAUCGUGUCCUCCACUGUAGGUGUGCUGUGUCCUCUGCUCAGAGGGGUUGUUUCCUGUCAGGAAGUAAAUUUUCAUGCAGACAAAAUAACUGCACACAAACCGUGUCAUCAGAGAGCACAGCCACAUUGAUCAGAGGACUCAAAGCUCUGAGUGCCUUUCCUCAGGGCUGCAGAUGAUCAGCUGACCUGAGUCAGAGUGAACUGAUCUCCAAUCCAAGAUUUUUGAGUGUGAUUUCAAGCUGUUUGCACUGAAGUGGUCCAGCUCUCACAUGACCGUCUCUUACGCACAAAUCUAGGGUUUAAAAAUCUUAGUAGUUCUAAGCAAUAAUAUUAUUUUGGGUGUUUUUGAAUCAUGUAA